AUGGCAGUUUCACACGGAAACAAUUAUCGAAGGGAAAGCAAGCAGUGGUAUUUGGGGUCUAAUGUGUGCUUGCUGUUUGGUUUGCUCUUUCUGUCGAUGAUUACUCAAACAGAAGGUACUGUGUGUAGUUACUGUGGUAAAGAUUUUGUUGUCUUAGGUCGACACGUUUGGCGCUGCAAAGCACGCGUGACCAGUGAUGCGUUCACUGCUUCGCCUAAAGCAGCCUCUGAUGCUGGCCAGGAACGAUCGAACAGCGUUGUCUUUCCUGAACUAUCAUUUGCUAGCUUGAAUAACGAACACGAUCAGGAGGCUUUUGCAGCUGAUCAUCACCUAGAAACCGACGAUCACGAUCUGCUACAUGCCGAAUGCCAUUGUGGUAAAAAAUGCAAAAGUUUUAAAGGCCUUCAAGCGCAUCGUAAACACUGUCCCAUUAAUGCUAAUCUAGAUUUGAACCUGCUGUUUGCACAAGACUCUGAUCCACCGAUGCCACCAGGGCAAGCACGUGCAGUAGAUUCAGUUGAGAAUGAAGAGACGCAAUGUCUAGAUAAUUCAUUUCAGAGAAUACCCGUUAAACCAGGCUUAAAGUUACCUAAAACACCGAUCGGUUGGGAUAAUGCUAAUGAAUAUUUUAGAGCAAAUUUGAAUAUCAGUAACGAAAUAACUGAUAUUAAUACUGAAAUUAGCUCACUGCAGGACAUGAUUUAUACAUAUUUCAAGUCAAACUUUGGAACUUAUAACAACGAAGAUGACAGCAUAAGCGAAGGGUCAAUAUUCCAGCAAAAGUACAACCAUCUUUCUCGUCGGCAACUUAAAUACCAUUUAAGCGAGUUAAAGAAACUUCAGUGUAACGAGGCAACGCAAGAGAUUCGCUAUAUUAGCAAACUAUUGCGAGUAAAAUAUAGCAAAAGGACUCACCGUAUACUAUCUGAAAAAACCCAUGAUGAACGCAUCCAAGAAAAUUUCUGGAAGUAUUGUAAGGAAAUUUUUGAGGAUGAAAACACAAUCCUCCCAGAUUUUGAUAAAGAAACUUGCACAAGCUUUUUUCGUGUUCACCUGAAGGCUAAUAGUGGGAAGGGGAAUGUUGAAAUUCCCCAGUGGAUGAAAAAAUUCGAUAGACCAACAAAACAUUUUAAUAUAGCGGCUCCGUCUUACCGUGAGGUGACAAACAUAAUCAAGAAAAUGAAGCCUGGAUCCUCUGCUUGCCCAUUCGAUCAAAUCAGUAUAAUUAUUCUUAAACGAUGUCCGUUCCUUCGAACUGCAUUACACCGUAUUCUAGUAUACUGCUGGGAGGGAAAUGUUGUUCCUAGAAUCUGGAAGCAUGGCUUUACAAUCUUAAUACAUAAGAAAGACUCCCCACAAGAUCCUUCAAACUUUCGACCGAUUACACUUCAGCCGGUUUUUGGCAAGGUGUUCACAUCAAUAAUUCGCAAUAGAAUCUACUCAUUUCUGAUGGAUAACAAAUAUAUAGAAACCAAAAUUCAAAAAGGUUUCUGGGAAGAGGUGUCUGGUACGAUAGAACACACCGAACUGUUAACUCACAUUAUAAACCAUGCGCGCAACAAUAAAAGGCAUUUGAUAGUCACUCUACUCGAUUUAAAAAACGCGUUUGGUGAAGUUGACCAUCAACUCCUUUCAACUGUACUAGAACACCACCAUGUUCCGACAACUGUAACAGAGCUUAUCAAAAACCUGUAUGAUAACUACACCAUCUCAGUAGGCACAGAAAGCUUUAUUACAAACCCAAUUUUAGUUGGUAAAGGAGUUCUUCAAGGUGACUGCCUUUCUCCCCUUUUAUUUAAUAUGUGCGUUAAUACCCUCAUCAAAUGUAUAGAAGAUGAACGUGUACAAUGUAUUGGCUAUUCAUAUUGUGAAUACCUACGCCCCAGACACUGGUUCCAGUUUGCAGACGACACUGCACUAGUCACAACAUCCGAAGAAGAUAACCAAGCUCUCCUCGACGUAUUCACUAAAUGGUGCCGUUGGGCAGGCUUCCAGGUUAGAGUUAAUAAAUGCUCUACAUUUGGAAUCAAGCACAACGGGAAAAAGGCUACGCAAUUUAAGCCUUAUCUCAAAGUAAAUAAUCAGAUGAUUCCUCAGGUUGAGAUAAACGAAUCAUUCCAAUAUCUAGGAAAGCAAUUCAAUUAUAAAAUGGACACGGUCGUAAUCGAACAGGAACUAGAAUAUGAUCUUUUGGAAUAUUUAGAGAAAAUUAACAGGCUUCCUUUGCACCCUAGAAAUAAAAUUCUGAUUAUCACGAAGUACGUCUACAGUAAACUGCGAUGGCGUUUAUCAAUCUACAGGCUUUCACAAACUUGGGUGGAACAGCACUUAGAUAACAAGAUCAUCUCUUAUAUCAAGCGUUGGCUACAUUUCCAUAAAGGUGCAAACAUGACGCAUCUGAAAUUAGCUAGCAGCAAAUUAGGUGUCGGUCUCCAACUGGCUUCUGAUGUUUACAGAUACUGUAAGCUGUCUAUUAGAAAAAUUCUUUCUAAAUCCAUCAACAAUGAUAUGAGAUGCCUGUUCAAUCUUACCAAGUUCAAUAAUGUGCAAACUGAUUGCUUGAUUUAUAACAACGACAAUCCUAGAUCAGCUCUUAAGCAACAAAUCGAAAAUACCGUGGUGGAACAUCUCUCGACUCUUAAGGAACAGAAUACGAUCAUGAAACAUGCUAGACAGGUAGCAUCUCCUAAGCAUAUAACAAUGUGGGACAACAUCUGCCGCCAAAUGCCAAAGAAUAUAUUCGUGUUUGCGAGACGAGCCUUGAUAUAUUCUCUGCCGAAUAAUUCAAAUCUAUAUCGAUGGGGGAAAAGUGAUAACCCAUCUUGUGAAUUGUGCUAUUCAAACAAACAAACACAACUUCACAUGCUUUCUGCCUGUCCGGUUUCGGCAGAUGAAGGUCGAUACACUUGGCGACAUGACUCAAUUCUCUACACUUUGCUUCACUAUGUGUCUCAACUAAGGAAAUACGGAUUUCGAAUCUAUGCUGAUCUAGACAAUUUUGACAAUCCUAACGAAUUCUUCCAUUCAUUCCGCCCAGACAUUGUACUAAUAAAAGAUGACAGAAUCUUCAUUUUGGAAUUGACGUGUUGCUUUGAAACAAACUCUGAAAAGAGCAGGAACCUAAAGAUCAGCAAAUAUAGGGAUAUUCAAAAUGAUUGCAAGAAAAGGUUUCGACACUGGAGAAAGAUUUUCGUUGAAUUUACAACACUUGGACUAGUAACAAAACAUAUAGAUGACUUAUACAGUGUCUUUAAAAAUACAAACAUUAAUUAUAAGAGAAUGAUUGAAAAGUGUAUGGAAGUAGCUAUGCGUGCCUCAUUUUAUAUAUAUGUACGCCGUAACAAACAAUGGACAUCUCCGCCUAUCUUAAAGUUUUAUUAA